AUGCUCGUUUUAAGCAAAUAUGCCGUGGCUCUGGCCACCGCUUUGAGCAUCAUUACAGCAACGGUCGCUCGCCCAACAGAACUCCACCCCGGAGGUGCGUCUGAUUUGAUCAUCAACGCCCAGGAUACAAUCAAUGGAACGAUCUCUGCAUCAGCCAGCAAGUCCCAGAGCGUUGCUGCCACCAACGGUACCUCAUUGACACUUACCAUCACCAACAACAUCGCCGGCUCAGUGAACUGCUAUGUUAACGGUCAAGACCCUAAUCAGAACAAUGCCCCGGUUAUGCUGACCCCGGAUUUCUCUUGGUACUAUCCUUCAGCACCAAGCACUACUGACGGUACCCCUGCACCUGUAUCCGAGACUAUUGCCAUUCCACUCGGCGCCCAGGGUGAAAGCACCACCAUCACGAUUCCCAGCUAUGUUAUUUCUGCUCGUGUCUGGUUUGCCGUUGGUGAACUCCAAUUCUUCACUGUUGGUAACGCUGACGGCACUUUCUCAAUUGUCCAGCCUUCUCAGAGUAACCCUGCCGAUCCCAGUGCUGGUGUCAACUGGGGUUUUAUCGAGUUCACUUACACAGCCGAUGGCGGUAUUUACGCCAACAUCAGCUAUGUUGACUUUGUCGGUCUGCCUCUCGGAAUGUCCCUGACAGAUACCUCUGGCGGCGUUCAAACCGCUCUUGGCCUCACCUCAGACGCUGUGACUAGCGUCUGCAACGACUUGACCACUCAAGCUGCUACCGAUGGUCUACCAUGGGAUGCGCUCUGUCAAACCAUCAAUGGCACCGUUAUGCGCGUCCUUUCACCAAACGACUACAUGGCUGCCAACGCCUCCAGCGGCUUCGAGACCUAUUUUGACGACUACGUUAACGAAGUCUGGUCCAACUACACCAGCAGCACACUCACCAUCAACACCCAAAAUGAUGCCGGAAACGUGUCCUGCACCGUCAGUGGCGACACCCUUGAAUGCGAUGGCGACGGCAUAAACUACAGCAAACCUUCCACCGCAGACAUUUUUGGCUGCAACUCGGGCCCCUUCGUGACCAAUCCAUCGGACACCGCUGUCCAUCAAGCUGCCGUUCCUCGUCUCUGUGCCGCUUUCAAUCGUGGUACGUUAUUGCUUGCUGGUGGUGAUGUGCAGCCCAGUCUCGGAGCGGAUUCGUACUACACCACUGCCCCGUCAAAUUACUACUCAGCUAUUGUGCACAAGUACGAGCUCGAUGGAAAGGGGUAUGCUUUCGCUUAUGAUGAUGUUAAUCCUUCCGGCGAUGAUGAGAAUGCCUCUGGUACUGUCUCGUCUGCCAACCCGUCUGUGUUGAGUGUUACUGUGGGUGGAGCUAGUACUUAG